AAUCUAUCAAAAUCAAACCAGCAUUUUUUAUCUGAAGCAUUUUUGAAGCAUGGCAGCCGCCGGGCUGUUACUCUGCUAUUUCAUCCUCUCUUCUGGAUUCCAUUUAAUAUACACUGUCACAGACCCCAGAGAUGUUGCAAUACUUCGAUCUCUGAAAGACCAGUGGGAAAAUACACCACCUAGUUGGCAGAAGAGCGAUGAUCCUUGUGGUACAACCUGGGAAGGUGUAACCUGCAACAACUCAAGGGUAACUGCAUUGGGAUUAUCAACGAUGGGACUGAGAGGAAAAUUAAGUGGUGAUAUUGGGGGGCUCACUGAAUUAAUUUCCUUAGACUUGUCAUUCAAUCGAGGACUUACAGGUUCCCUCUCUCCGCGGAUAGGAGAUCUGCAAAAACUAAACAUAUUAAUCCUCGCUGGCUGUAGCUUCAGUGGUAGUAUACCAAGGGAAUUGGGAAAACUUGCAGAAUUAUCUUUCUUAGCACUUAACUCAAAUAAUUUCACUGGCGAGAUACCACGAACUCUUGGAAAUCUGGCAAAACUCUACUGGCUUGAUCUAGCAGAUAAUCAGUUAACAGGACAAAUUCCUGUUUCAACCUCCUCAAGUCCGGGGUUGGACCUUUUAAAAAAGGCAAAGCACUUCCAUUUUAACAAAAAUCAACUUUCAGGCUCCAUUCCGGACAAUCUUUUUAGUGGUGACAUGGUGCUAAUACAUGUAUUAUUUGAUGGAAAUCAAUUUAGCGGGAGCAUUCCAUUAACACUAGGACUUGUUCAGACACUUGAGGUUCUUCGGCUUGACAGAAAUACCUUAAAUGGUAGUGUCCCAUCGAACUUGAACAACCUCACUAGCGUCGUAGAGUUGAAUUUAGCACACAACGGACUGUCGGGCCGACUACCAGAUUUAAGUGGAAUGAACUCCCUUAAUUAUCUGGACUUGAGCAACAACUCGUUCCAUCAAUCAGAGGCGCCAGUAUGGUUCUCAACUUUACAGUCUCUUACCACUCUAGUCAUUGAAUAUGGCUCACUCCAGGGAUCAGUGCCCCAGAAGCUUUUCACAUUACCCCAAUUACAACAAGUGAAAAUGAGGAACAAUGCAUUUAAUGACACGUUGAACAUGGGUGGCAUAGUUGGGAGGCAACUCACACUUGUUGAUUUACAGAAUAACGCGAUUUCCUCAAUAACACUUGGCUCUGGAUACAAAAAUACAUUGAUACUGAUCGGAAAUCCUGUCUGUGACACGGCCCUUGGAAACACGAAUUACUGCCAGCUUCAGCAGCAAUCCGUGAAACCUUAUUCUACUAGCCUAGCUAAUUGUGGAAGCAAAUCGUGUCCUGCCGAUGAAAAAGUUAGCCCACAAAGUUGUGAUUGUGCUUACCCGUACGAGGGAACAUUCUACUUUAGAGGACCAUCUUUUAGGGAGUUAUCCAAUGCUAAUACGUUCCAUUCUCUUGAAAUGAGCUUGUGGGUGAAGUUAGAUCUCACGCCCGGUUCAGUUUCUCUACAGAAUCCUUUCUUCAACAUUGAUGAUUAUCUUCAGGUGCAGUUAGGAUUAUUUCCACCAACAGGAAAGUAUUUUAAUCGGUCAGAGAUUGAGAGGAUUGGAUUUGCCUUGAGUAACCAGACUUAUAAGCCGCCUCCAGAAUUUGGACCUUACUAUUUUAUAGCAUCUCCUUACACUUUCCAAGCCGAACGUGGAGAAACUUCUAUUAGUUCGAGACAAAUUAUUGGAAUAGCUGUUGGGUGUACCGUCCUGGUCCUCUUGCUUGUUGGUCUUGCAAUAUAUGCUAUGAAGCAAAAGAAACUUGCUGAAAAAGCUAUUGGAUUGAGUAAACCAUUUGGAUCGUGGGCUCCAAGUGGGAACGAUAGUGAAAGUGCACCACAACUAAAGGGUGCGAGAUGGUUUUCUUAUGACGAACUCAAAAAAUGCACGAGUAACUUUUCAACGAGAAAUGAGAUUGGUUCCGGUGGCUAUGGGAAGGUAUACAAAGGAAUCAUCUCAAGUGGGCAAGUAAUUGCUAUCAAAAGAGCUCAACAUGGAUCCAUGCAGGGUGGACUCGAGUUCAAGACUGAAAUUGAGUUGCUUUCGCGGGUUCACCACAAAAACCUCGUUGGUCUGGUCGGAUUCUGUUUUGAGCAAGGCGAACAAAUACUGGUCUAUGAGUAUAUUUCAAAUGGUACACUCCGAGAAAAUUUAUCAGGGAAAUCAGGCAUUUAUCUAGAUUGGAAGAGGAGACUUCGCGUUGCGCUUGGUUCAGCCAGAGGAUUAGCUUAUCUGCAUGAGCUUGCCAAUCCUCCUAUAAUUCACAGAGAUGUGAAAUCGACUAAUAUUUUAUUGGAUCAGAAUUUAACAGCAAAGGUAGCAGAUUUUGGCUUGUCCAAACUUGUGUCAGAUAGCUCAAAGGGUCAUGUUUCCACUCAAGUUAAAGGCACAUUGGGUUAUCUAGAUCCUGAAUACUAUUUGACUCAACAAUUAACCGAGAAAAGUGAUGUGUAUAGCUUUGGAGUUGUAAUGCUAGAAAUGAUAACUGCAAAGCAACCAAUAGAGAAGGGAAAAUAUGUCGUUCGAGAGGUGAGAGCAGCUAUUAAUAAGAACGAUGACGAGCAUUAUGGUUUGAGUGAUAUGAUCGAUCCCGUCAUUAGAAGCGCGCCAAAUUUAAUCGCGUUUACAAAGUUCGUGGAUCUGGCAAUGCAAUGUGUUGAAGAGUCUGCUGCUGAUCGUCCAACGAUGAGUGAAGUGGUAAAAAUGCUUGAAACUAUUCUACAAAAUGAUGGUCUGGAAACAAAUUCGACGUCUGCAUCAUCUUCAAUCACAGAUUUUGGGACAGCAAUUGCUGCUUCUCGACAUCCUUAUAAUAAGGAUGCUCUACAGAGAAAGGAAAUAAGUGAUACUCAUGCUUUUGAUUACAGUGGUGGUUAUACUAUUUCAAGAAAUGUGGAACCAAAAUAGGGACAACCAAAAAAGGACUUGUCUUUGCUAGUUCUCAUUCUUUAAUUUAUUAUUCUCUAUAGUAAAGUUUUGGAAAAAUGGGUGAAAGGGAUUAUAGAAUUUAGUUGUUGCAUGGUACCUAUAUUGGCUAGAAUAUUUCGUGACACGUGAACGUGAUCACAUGUGGAAUCAAGAUCGAAGUUCAGAUUUUACUACUGAGGCUUACAGUUUAGUGAUCCAGACUUGCAUACAAUAGGUGUGAGUUCGAUUUUUACUGUCCCCAUUCCCUGAUCCUCCAAUGUAAUAGAGAAAAGGUUAAAAGAGAAAAAAAAAAUCAGAUUUUCUAGCUUGGAGAGAAAAGUUUACAUGGACCAUUGUAUGAUUCCAUGUGUCAAUGUUUCAUGUUCUAAUUUUCUUCUGAUUUUGUUAUUG